GGCGCAUGCCCAAUCGCGUGGCGCUGCGGAUCUCUCGCGCUUGAAUCGUUCUCUUCCCUGUUAUUUUUUUUUGUUUGCUAUCAGUAGCUUUCGCGCGAUACCACUCGAUUCGCAUCAACAGAUCGUCUUUAUCAGCCGCAGGGCACAAAACAAAUCACAGUUCGUUACCGGCAGCUCAGCAGCUUAUUGCUUUCAGUAGUGUGAUAACUUCCUGGUAUCUUGAAUUGCGGCUAAUUUUAUUUCUGGAAAAUUAAAAAUCAUGGAAGACAGCAUCGAAAAGGCAAUUGAAUUCAUCAAAACUACGCUGAUCCCGGGCAUGGUUGAGCGAGGUGAACUUAAACUCGAUGAUGAGGUCAGCAAUGCCGCCGAUUCAGUUCAAUUGGAGUCUCUGGAAGUUAAACCGCUGAAGUCCGACGGAUUCUCACUGGCAGUUCCGUACAAGGCCAAGGUCACACUCGCUAGCAGCAACGCUAAAGAUCGCACCCGGGAGUACCAGCUGGUCAUUAAGAUCACACCACCCUGCAGUGAGGAGAUGUACGCGACCUGUCAAUUCGAUACCCUGUUCGAGAACGAGCUGUUGGCGUAUACUGAAAUUAUUCCGGCCCUAGGCAAAGCGGACCUGUUCCCCAGGUGCUUUUACUCACACCGAAAACCUCUGGAGGCUGUGAUGGUGUUGAGUGACUUUUCGGUUGAUGGAUGGAAAAUGUCACCUAUGAUUGUCAAUUUACCACUGGAGUAUUGUCUGCUGGCGGCUCGCGAGCUGGGUCGAUUCCACGGCGAAUGCUACGGGUUGAAAGAAAAUCAUCCGGAUAAAUUCCAGAGCAUAAUAAGCCGAUUCAAAGAGGCUCGGUAUGGAGCCGAGGUGGUGGACAUGGGUUGGAACACUGUGAUGAAAGUCGCCGCAGAUCGUGCAAUUGAUGCGGUUCGUAAGAGUACAGAAUUCGGAGGAGUUCCGGAAACGUAUUUGGAACAACUGCAUAAGCUGUUGCAUGAUUCCUGGAGCUUACAAAGGAAAUGUGUCGUUGCGAGGGAACCUUUGGCAGUGAUUUGUCAUGGUGAUUAUCUAAGAAACAAUAUGGCUUUCCAGUUUGAAGAUCAUCAGAAUCCAGAGAAUCCAACCAAAGUAAUGAUGUUCGACUUCCAAACUCUCCGCUACGCUUCGCCGAUGAUUGACUUUGCAGUUUUUAUCGCCAAUUCUACCGGCUGUGAUGUUCGUAACAGCCAUUUUGAUACCAUUUUCAAAACCUACCACAAUGAACUGGUGAAUACGUUAGCUUUUUCGUUGAACAUUGGUUCCAAAGAUUUGCCAUCACAUUACAGCUACGAAUCAUUCCUGCGAGAGUACGCUCGAUAUUCCAUCUUCGGGUUGGCAAUUGCUGCGAGUUUUCUGAUGAUCCUGCAUGAACCGAUCGACUCUUUUAUGGAGAUGGAAAGUUGGCCGGAAGAGAAGACCAUCGCUGAUACCUUGACUCGAGGAGGCGCCAAACUAGACAGAGAGUUCGCAGCGCUCAUCUAUGAAAUGUAUACCCUCCAGACGAAACUGGGAAUUCAACUUGACGAAAUAUUUUGAAAUUGUUAUGAUUGGCGUUACUCAUAUCGUACAGUUUUUUUUUCUAGUGUGACAAGAGCUGGAGAGAUAUUGGACAAAAAGCGAAUCUUGUUAUUUUCAUUCCAGUAAAUUUUGAUUUUUUUUUAUUGAUAUAUGGUUCUGAUGAGAUUAGUUGAAUGGGCGUCCUUGGAAAAAUUAGUUUCCACGGCGUAGAACAUUUUUCAGUAUCAAUUAAUAAAUAAUUAAAACAUUC